GCCCGAUCACCUGAGGUUCCGCUUAGGGCGGCACCAGGGCCGCGUCCAGGUCCAGCGCACCUGGCCAGAAGCAGCGCCGACGGGCGGAUGGGCAGAGCGGAGCUUCUGGAAGGAAAUAUGAGUACCCGGGCACCCUCGGACCUGUGGAGCCAACCAGACGGGGAUGCCGAGCUGCUCCAAGACCUGGGGUGGUACCACGGUGACCUCACACGUCAUGCGGCGGAGGCCCUGCUCCUGUCCAACGGGUGCGAUGGCAGCUACCUCCUGAGGGACAGACAUGAGCAGCCCGGCCAGUACUCCCUGUCCGUGAGAGCCAAAGACUCUGUCAAGCACUUCCAUGUUGAAUACACUGGAUAUUCAUAUAAAUUUGGCUUUAAUGAAUACUCAUCUCUAAAGGAUUUUGUCAAGCACUUUGCAAACCAGCCUUUGAUUGGAAGUGAGACAGGCACCCUGAUGGUGCUCAGACACCCCUACCCCAGGGAUGUGGAGGAGCCUGCCAUCUACGAGUCCGUCCGGGUCCACACGGCCAUGCAGACGGGGAGGACAGAGAGCGACCUCACGCCCAUCGCGCCCUCUCUGGGCACCAAGGAAGGCUACCUCACCAAGCAGGGCGGCCUGGUCAAGACCUGGAAAACAAGAUGGUUCACUUUGCACAGAAAUGAACUGAAAUACUUCAAAGACCAGAUGUCACCAGAACCAAUUCGGACCCUAGACCUAAGAGAAUGUUCUGCUGUCCAAUUUGACUAUUCGCAGGAGAGGGUAAACUGUUUUUGCUUAGUAUUUCCAUUCAGGACGUUUUAUCUCUGUGCGAAGACAGGAGUAGAAGCUGAUGAAUGGAUCAAGAUACUGCGUUGGAAGCUGUCACAAAUAAGGAAACAGCUCAACCAAGGGGAAGGUACCAUCCGAUCUCCAUCAUUCGUCUUUUAAUAGGUCUUUCUGCCAAGGAGCACCCCAGCUGAGGAGGAAGGUGGGGUGCCGCCCAACACUGAUCCCUGACAGGCUUAGGCAAAAGCCAAAGAUUUUUCCUCAGAAACAAAUCAAGGACAACUAUGGACUGGAGCCCAUAUCAUGUGGCUACUGACCCACAGAACCCUGCUUCCUUUCAUGGUGCCACUGUUGUCGUGAAGCAGCCCCGGCCCGGGCCUGUGGGCACAGGACAGGCGAGGAAAAGAUGGGUGUUUGUUCCCCGCAUGGCAUCCCAGACCAUGGACAUUGUUGCCUGGCUCUCUCUGAGUCUCUUGGUCAGGACCCUGGCCUCUGGCUGUGCUGUGACCACAGACAAAGGAUCUGGAAGACUCAGAACAGAUGCUCCUUACAGUGCAAACCCAGUUACAAGCAUUGCACUCUUGGAGGGGUCGUCGCUUUGCUUUUUCUUUAUACAAAAGUCAAAGAGUUUCUAAAACUAAAAUGGGAGAAUGUUUUCCAUAAUUAUUUUCUCUUUUUGAAAGUCUUAGAAAUUGAGUUUGUCCUGCACUUCUAAUAAAGCUAUCUCUGAAUGUCCCAGGGGCCCUUGGGCAAGACAAAGGGAAAUGAAGGUGCAAUCUUUAAAACAUCUCAUGUAACCAUUUGGGGGGAAAUGUCUGAAAGAGAAAACAUAACUCGAGGAAGGGUGAUAAAUCAUAACUUGUAGUUAUUAAUUACAAUACCUACAACUAUUACUGUUGCAGCUGUAAUAAUCAUAGGGCAUCUGUAAGCACUAAGCUACCCUUACCCAACAUUUCUCCAAGUGGACUGAAGGAAACUUCUCUUAAGAGUGUGUUGUAACAAUCCCGCGCGCAGAAUGAGCUGCGCAGGGUUCACCCUCUAAGCACCCUGCACAUUAUUAAAGAACAGCUUGUUCUGCCACUUGAGGGAGUAACACUAAAUCCUCAUGUCCUAUAAAACGAAGUGUCACAGUGCGGUUCCACACUGAAAUAACAGUAAUGAAAUGGUAAUGAGAUACAGGUAUUGAGGACAUCAACGGGUUCUAGCUUCUUCUGUUAUCUUUGUUGAUACUGCUUGUUGAUACAGAUGCUUGAAAGGCAACAAAAAUAAAUGGAGACCCAGAAAAAUAAGCUUCAGUGCAAAGCUGUAGCAUUGCUCUGUGGUCCAGAGGGGUAUCUGGUUACAUGUGUUCCUCUUGGGUAGACACCUGAGCAGAGAUUGCAGUGCACUUAAUGAACUGUGCUGUCUGUCUUGCUCCAGGUAAGCACAAUCUCAAGGGAAAAUGCACUGCAUCAGGCUUGCAGAGUCAGAAGUCACCACCGCGCCCUCGCUGAGGUGUGCGGUUUGGUUUUGUUUUCUUUGAAACAAGGGUGUUUCUCUGAAUACAUAAUAUUGUUUGAGCUUUUUGUAAAACGUGUUAAUUUAUAGUCUUUGGUUUUAUUAAAAAGAACAUGACUUUGCCGUGUAUUAUUUUUUAUUAAAACAUACUUUAGAAUUUGUGACUUGGGAGAUAUGCAACUGAUUACUAUCAUGAACAGCAAUGACAAUGGCCCCGCAGGGACAGAGACGGCGGACACUCAGGACAGCAGUGAGAGGAGGACAGUGUGGCAGGUGUGAGGGCUAGGAUGGGGCCUUGCUCACAGGACAGAGCUCUCGGAAUCUGUAGCUCCCACGCGCUGUGUCCCUGCUUCCCUAGGACCAGGCUAGGGUUUCACUAUGUGGUUUAGGCUGGCCUGGAACUCGC